UACAUUUCCGCGUCAGUCUGCCAGAAAUCUGGGCCCUGUGUAGUGGCAGCCAGUCUCUGAACUCACAGUCACGAGUUGUAGGGUGUCUUGGGACCAAUCGUUCCACGGUGCACCGUCACGGUUUCUGCGUUUCGUAGAAUUAAUAAUACUGACAGGAAAUGACUUGAACCAAAGACAAAACCCGCACCAUGCAGUACGUGGCACAUAAGUGAAGGAAAUGGCCGGAGUAAGAAGUCUUUUCUGCGUUGUCCUGGGUUUUCUGUGCGUCUUGGGGAGUCGUGGGCAGACAGUAUGUGGAGGUGACCUGACGGCUCCUUCUGGAGGCCCUGUGACGUCACCCAACUAUCCCGGUAACUAUGGCGACAAUGAAAACUGCGAGUGGACGAUCACUGUACCAGAGGGAAGCAUCAUUCGCCUCACGUUUGACAGCUUCAACACUGAGGACCGUUAUGACAAACUCACCAUCUACGAUGGAGCCAGUGAUAAUGCUGCAGUGAUAGAAAGGUUAUCCGGUGAGCAAUGGAACAUUAUGAAUAUCAUCAGCUCAUCUAACACGAUGUUCCUGAGGUUUACAUCUGAUGGGAGUGACAGCUAUCAGGGGUUCCAGUUCUCCUACACAAGCAGAACUGCAGGUCAAUGCUGGGAUCCCGCUGUUCCGGCCAAUGGGAACAGGGAUAACAACAGUAACUUUACAUCAGGACAGACAGUCAGGUACACCUGUAUGGACGGGUAUCAGCUGUGGGGGACUGCUAAUAUAACCUGCCAGCCGAACGGGACUUGGAGUGGUGCUACACCAACUUGUAGAGUAUGUGGAGGUGACCUGACGGCUCCUUCUGGAGGCCCUGUGACAUCACCCAACUAUCCCAGUAACUAUGGCGACAAUGAAAACUGCGAGUGGACGAUCACUGUACCAGAAGGAAGCAUCAUUCGCCUCACGUUUGAUAGUUUCCACACAGAGGACGAUUAUGACUUUCUCACCAUCUACGAUGGAGCCAGUGAUAAUGCUGCAGAGAUAGAAAGGUUAACCGGCCAAUUGUACAUUAUCCCCAUCAUCAGCACAUCUAACACGAUGUUCCUGAGGUUUACAUCUCAUAGGAGUGUCAGCGCUCAGGGGUUCCAGUUCUCCUACACAAGCAGUACUGCAGGUCAAUGCUGGGAUCCCGGUGUGCCGGCCAAUGGGAACAGGGAUAACAACAGUAACUUUACAUCAGGACAGACAGUCAGGUACACCUGUAUGGACGGGUAUCAGCUGUGGGGGACUGCUAAUAUAACCUGCCAGCCGAACGGAACUUGGAGUGGUGCUACACCAACUUGUGCAGGGACUCACACUCUGAGGAUCAGGACGAGUGACGUUAAGGAUUCCCAGAGUAACAACGCUUUAACUGUGGAACUCCUGUCUGACACGUGUGAUGGUGUCUGUACAACAACGACGGUUUCCGGACUCAAUGCAAAGGG